UAUGACGCUCGCAGCCGAGCCGAUCCAGCCUACACUCAGCUCUGUUCAUUUCCAGGCCGGGUAGAAUCCCAGCAACAACGCCGCGAUCGGUUUAAGAUUGGGCUUGCAAUCGCCAUCAAUCCUUUGAAUUUACAACAUUUUGUGGAAAUAUAUCAGUCUCACUGACCAGAAGAUACACUAAGUCUUUGAAUCGAAUCAGAAAGCACUGGAAAGAGGCGCAAAUAAACAUUUCCAUACUAGAUGACAUUACAUCGAAAUGUCCGAUCGUUUGGGGCAAAUAACCAAGUCCAAGGAUGGGAAAAGCAAGUAUUCCUCUCUCAGCCUAUUUGACAAGUACAAGGGAAAACCAAUAGAAACUCAAAAAAACGCAGUUCCGCGACAUGGCUUGCAGAGUCUUGGCAAAGUGGCCGCAGCCCGGCGCAUGCCCCCUCCUGCUCACCUGCCGAGCUUGAAGUCCGAAAACAAAGGAAACGAUCCCAACGUGAUUAUUGUGCCGAAAGACGGUACAGGAUGGGCGAACAAGCAGGAACAACCCGAUCAAAAGAGUUCUAUUGCAUCGACACCACAGCUGCCGGAGUUGCAGCCACAGCUGGCUUUACAGAAAUCUGUCUCCAAUCUUCAGAAGCCGUCACCAAUAGCAAACCAGGAGAACGGAAACACAGGUGGACCAAAACAAUGGGCCCAGCUAAAUGGAAAGGCAGUAGAGCAAGAUGGUUUAAGGGUCUCAAACCGCCUUCAGCCCUUCUCUCACGAGGAAUUUCCCACGCUGAAGGCAGCUGGAGAACAGGACAGGGCUGGCAAGGAAAGAAGCGGCUUCGAUCCGUCGUAUGGGCCCGGACCAAGCCUCCGCCCCCAAAACGUGACGAGCUGGAGGGAAGGUGGUGGCAGGAACCUCCAGCCCUCGUCUCUGACCCUCGGCCUGCCAGCAGAACCUGAGGGAAAACUCACUGCCCUGGGUGAGACUGGCAGCCCUCCCGCCACAUCUCACCCCCCCUCUGCCAUCAGCACAACCUCCUCUAGUGUGGUGACGCCUCAGUCUCCAGUCCUUGAACCCAAGGAGCUUUCGCUGCGACCCGCCCAGCCUCUCCGCAGAACAACCGUCCCGACUGCCCUGCAGUACCAGCUUCACCACACUUCCACUGCUGUCUACCACGACAUGUUGCCUGCAUUUAUGUGCACUAAAGACACACGUGAAGCCCCAGGUACAGACCAUGUUCCCACCACUGUUGCAGCCCCAGCCCGAUUUGAGAGCAAACCCACCUUUAGACAGAACUUCCCUAAACCUGAACUUGUCAAUGGUGAUGUGAGAAGAGAGAAUCGCUUUGCCCGCGCUCCACCUCGUCAAUCUUCUCAGCCCAUCCGCAGGCCUGGUGAGAGACCGCAGCGCCCAGCCAUCAUUAAUCCAGACGAUCUGAAGGAUCUGGAUGAGCUUGACCAUGACUGCGAGGAUGGAUGGGCCGGACUUCACGAAGAAGUUGAUUAUGGUGAGAAGCUUAAGUUCAGUGAUGACGAAGAAGACCACACCGGUGAAAAAAGCAGGAUGCGUAGGACUGAAUGGGAGAGGGAGAGAGAGCUGCAGCGUGACUCUCUUAGUUCAGGCGAGGUGGCUUAUCCCCAGGAGGGCCCAGAGGAGAGCUAUUCCUACCAACAUCACCACCUCGAGCCUCCCAGAAAGACCAACGGCAGAUAUCUCCCCACGGACGUCCCGGCCCAGAAGAAAAUCCAAGGUGAGCCCCUGGCUGACCAGGACGAUGCCCAGCGCCACCCCCAGGCUCCAGCAAGGGCCAAGUACGUGUCACCUGAGCUGUCGGAGGCUGUUGAGAGGGCACGCAAACGUCGGGAGGAGGAAGAGAAGCGUGCCCGUGAGGAACGACUGGCCGCCUGCGCUGAAAAACUGAAAAGGCUGGAUGAGAAGUUUGGGAAAAUUGAAAGGCAGACAUCACGGACAGAGGAGGGCCAGAAAGAGGGAGAGGGCAAAGAAGUGCCAUUAUCCCCAGAAAGGGAACAGAGUAAAAGCCACCAUGAUACCUGGCAGUACAGCACAAAAGAGGGAAGCGAGGUUCCCCAAGACAACUCUCCUGUCCAGAGUUACCGCGAUGAACCUGCCCUCUCUAACUAUCGUGUCAGUGAGGAUGAUGUUCAGGAGCCCACCUCCCCCUCCUCAGGAGAUUACAGCGGACGUCAACCCUCCAAACCCAUCCCACCUCGCUUUCAAAAGCAGCAGCCUCUGCCGCCUCAGCACCAUCAGCAGCAGCAGGAACAAGUAUACAAGAUGCAGCACUGGCAGCAGUCCGGUCACCCUGCACCUUCUGGCUCGAGCCACAGCCAGCGGGGUUACUACCCCCCGCACGUCCUCGGGUUCGAUCCCCGCUGGAUGAUGAUGCCGCCUUUCAUGGAUCCCCGCAUGACCCAAGGACGAUCUCCUGUGGACUACUACCCCGGUGCUGUUCACUCUUCAGGAAUGAUGAAACCAAUGAUGCACCAAGACCACCUGAACAGCCCUGGAUCUGAUGAGGGAUGCCAUCCUAACCUGCACCAAGAGAGAAGAGCCCCUUCCACUGAGCCUUACCCCAUGUGGAACCAAGAUGGCUACCCCUUGCGCAGCUUCACUCCACCUUACCAGAGACAGCAUGAUAGCUCAGAAAGUGGCCAGCCAGAUGACAGAAUUGAUAUGGGCGGCACCCAACAAGACUCUUAUGAAGAGAGGGCCAAUGAGGGCUUGUCCCACCCCCAAGAUGAUAUCCCUCAUCAUGCUUACACGAGCCGAGGCCCCGAAAGAGAACACCAGGACCAAGGCUUGCUGACCACGGCAAAGAACCACACCUUAAAUCAUGCAGAUGGUGAUUACCAACAACAAGACUCAAGGGAGAAGCACCUCAAAGACGGCUCUGAAUCUCAUGAUGAGACCUUAGAGGGCUCCAUGGACAACUGGAAAAGAGAUGGAGGUCAGAAACAAGACGGAGGACUCAACAGUGCAAAAAGCCAGUGGUCCGAAUCUGCUUCCAGUAGUAGUGUAAGCCAGCCGUCUGAAACCAGCGGGCGCACCUUGACUCGCAGAACUGGGCCCAUCAAGAAACCAGUACUAAAGGCUCUCAAAGUGGAAGAAAAGGAGAAUGAGAAGCCUAAACCUGAGCCUGAGGAAAGACCUGUCCCCUACCGCCUGGAAAAAGAAGUCCUUACCAAUGUCUACGACUUAAAGAAAGACAACCAGCCUGCCAUCAACAGGCGCUCAGCCUCACCGGAUGUUGAGAAACAGCCAGAAGAGAGGCACCGUCAGUCACCAGCUCCCAUCAAAACAGAAAGACCUCUGAGCACACACAGUGAUGACUCUCCCAAGGAGAGCCCCUGGGACAGUGGCAAGAGCCAGUCACCUAAAGAUGUCAGCCAGGACUCCCAGGCACCACGGAGAAAUAACUGGAUCUUCAUCGAUGAAGAACAGGCCUUUGGGGCAGUCAGGGGAACAGGGCGGGGCCGCAGUCGAGGCUUUAGGGAAUUUAACUUGAGAGGUGGAAGCCGUGGUGGCCGAGGCGGAGACAAUCUCAGAGGGGCCUAUAACAGCAAUAACAACAGCAGCGGCGGUGCCCAGCGCACCGGCAGAGGAAGAGCAACACCUAGGGACAUGGUCAAGGUGGAGGAGUUCCAGAGGGGGAAGCCCCGCAGGAGAAAUGUAAGUGAGACCUUGAGCGAAACCUCUGAGUAUGAGGAGCUUCCCAAGAGGCGCUGCGAGAAGGGAUCUGAAAAUGGAGAAGGUUACACAGAGUCUGGAGAAGGUUACACAGAGUCUGGAGAAGUCCGAAAGGCUGAUCGAGACUCUUGGAGAUCCAACAAAAUCUACACAGAUGAACAGGCUGCCAUAGAUUCCAGAGACAAGGCCAAGGCCAGCAGGGGCUUUGGAGGUCGCACGCUGCCUCCCAGACUGAACACCACUGGAGGUUACAGUCGAGGCUUCGGAGGACCAAGGGAAAUGUCUACAUGGAGGGGCCGUGGGCCCCAGUUUAACAGCACUGGUGGCCCCAUGCAAGAAAAUGGUUAUGGUCCUGGAGCUGAGACGGCUUACUCCCGCAGACCCCCUGUUGACCGUGAGACUCUGAAGUACCCUCCUAAACUCACUGGCUCCUUCAUGGAAAAUGGCACAGAGGAGCGUGAAGGAGAAUACUAUUUUGACAAUGAAAACCCUGACAGGCAGAUGUUAAGAAGACGUCGUCCACCCCGUCAAGACAAGCCUCCACGCUUCCGUCGUCUACAACAGGAACGCGAACCCGGCUCAAACCAGUGGACAAGUGAUGAGUACGUCAAUGGAGAGCUUUCAAACCCCUGGCCUAAUCGCCCCAAAGGCAGUGGGGAAGAAAACUGGCCCAGUGGCCAAUACUCUGGUGCACGCCCCGUCCAGCACGGUCAGACAGAGGAAUGGGAGACGGGAUCAGAAAACAGCGACAUUGGGGACUGGAGAGAGAAGCGAGGCGGAGCUGGGGGCGCUCCUACACAAGGACACGCUCCUACACAAGGACACGGUGAUAUUCCCUCAGACUCGGGCCACGGUGAACUAGGCUCUGGAGAAAAGAGGGAACUUUGCAAGAGAAGCUUCUCCAGCCAGAGACCACUGGUGGAGCGGCAGAACAGGAAAGGAGAGCCAUCACUGCUGGAAGCAAGCAAGAUGGUUCGUGCAUCUGAUAAUCCCCCCACCUCCUCCAACAGGAAUGACAGUUGGCAGAACGGAGGGAGUUCUUGUAAGAGCAGGAGCCCAGAUGAGUCGGUCUACAGCAUAGAGCAGCCAGACGAGAGGGAGCCCAUGGAGCCAUCAGGCUCCAAGGAGCUGAAGCAAGGACCGAUCAAAACAGACAUUGUCGAAUCUCUCUCCCAGUAUGAGCUCAGCAGCUACCAAGUUGAGAGCGAUUCUGGGGGCCAAAUGACAAAUUCAGAUGGAUACCAGGAUGCCUUGUCAAAAAAACAAAGACGUCCGCAGGAAGAUGAUAGAAGGAGGAAGGAACAGGCAGCUGCUGUGCCGGUGAAGAACAGGACAAUCGCUUCCAAGAUACCUCCACGCUUUGCCAAAAAGCAGGGCAGCCUGGGACUUGAACAACCUGAGGAAACGCUUUCUUCCAACAACCUCGGAACUGAGAUCUGGGAGACCAACAGCUCAGCUCUUUCAGUACAGUCUUCAGGUGGAGACUCAUGGACUAAACAGGUGUCUUACACUGGGAGCGAGCCCAACUCUGAGGACUCUGAUGCUGGCCCCGAGCAGAACAAAGAACAGCACAAGCCCGGGCCCAUUGGAAACGAGCGCUCCCUGAAGCACCGCAAGGGAUCAGAAGGUGUCGAUCGGCUGGAAGGCGGCCCCAUCACUCCGGUCAACGGGGUGGACCUCCAUGUGGACACUGUGCUGCCUGGGCCUCCUAUUGAGUUUGGUGUCAGUGCCAAAGACUCUGAUUUCAGCCUGCCACCGGGAUCCACCCCAGUGCCCGUGUCCAACCCUGUCAACAAGCUUCAGGACGUACUCACCACCCAUACUGCUCUUAAUCAGAGUAUCCCAAUGCUGCGUUCCAACCAUCUGCAGCCAGGCAUGAACCUCAACCCCAUCUCCUUCCCCAGUGCUGACCUCACUCUCAAGAUGGAGUCGGCCCGUAAGGCGUGGGAGAACUCCCAGUCCCUCCCCGAGCAGGGCUCUCCGGGCGGAGGUGUUUCAGGUGUUCAGCCUCCCUGCAGCGUUGGCUCCUCCAGUGGGGUCAGCUACAGUUCCUUUGGAGGGGUUUCAAUGCCUCCGAUGCCUGUGGCUUCAGUAGCGCCUUCCAUGUCCAUGCAAGGUAAUCAUAUUCCCCCGUUGUAUCUGGACGGACACGUUUUCCCUAGCCAGCCCCGCCUUGUACCUCCCAACAUGACCCAGCAGCAGUCCUACCAACAGGCGGCCGCAGCCCAGCAGAUCCCAAUGUCUUUGCACACGUCUCUUCAGGCUCAGGCUCAGUUGGGGCUUCGGGGGGGUCUCCCCGUCUCUCAGUCCCAAGACAUGUUCAACUCCAUUCCCCCUUUCAGGUCCCAGGUCUACAUGCACCCCAACCUGUCCCAGCCCAGCCCCAUGGUGCUGUCGGGCGGGGGUCUGAAGGGGCCCUACUCUGCUUUCCCUGGCAUGCAGCCCUCAGACAUGGUGAAGACGCAGUCAGGCUCACACUACCAGCCUAUGAACGGCAGCCAGCAGCUGGUUUAUGAGAACCAGAUGAACCAGGGGCCUGGUAUGGGGUCUUCCCAGCUCAUGGACUCUCAGCUCAUCCAGGUGACCAUGCCCCUGCCUGGCUCUCAGCUGCGCUAUGGCUCCGCUCAGCAGCAUCUCAUCCUCCCCCAGUCCAUCCAGCUGCAGCAGGGACAGAACCUGUCUGUGGGGGGCCCGCGCCGAAUGAUGCCCCCCGGCUCCCAGCCUACAGUGAUGACUGGCAACAGAGAGGGAUCACAGAUGGAAAUGAAAGGCUUCCAGUUCGCUGAGAAGCCCAAUCAUUCCCAAGGCAUGUCCGGAGGCUCCUACAGGCCUGGGUCUGCCAGCCCCAGUGGGAAGCCCUCUGGUCCCGGGGGCCAAAUGGGCCCUCUGCCUACACAUUUUGCUCAACAGGUCCCAACUGCUCAGGGCAACAUGGUGAUGCACAUGCGGCCCCCCACCACUGGCCCUUUCCCCAACCCCAUACAGAGACCAGUCAUGCAGGUCAAUAAACCUGUCCUCAUCCGCCCCCCCCCUUACCCCAACCCUGGCCGUGACCACUCCCAUUCCACCCCUCCCUUGAUCCCUGAGCCCCAAAUGAAAGGGCCAGAGGAUGGCAUGAAGAAUAAAACCAUGCGAGAAGUGCGUAAGGCAGUGGGUGAGGGCAAGACCCCAUCUGGGGGAAUGACCAGCAAACUCCAGGAGCCCCUCCUCCCCACGGGGCAAGCCAAACCAGCACGCACUGGAGCCAUCAAACCCCAGGCUGUUAAAGUAGAGGAGAGCAAGGCAUAACAAUGGACCUUAGAAUCCUCAUCAGCGCUCAGCCUGCCAACACAAGCCCCUCGACAUCGCCAGAGCCUCUUAUGACCCACCCUAUCCCGAGGCACCAUGGCAGGGGGUAUACAUGCAGACAUCAUAAUUCCCCUCUUGAACUGUCAGAACUGGACACUUAUUUCACACAACGUAUAGAGAUAUAUAAAUAUAUAUAAAUAUAUAUACAUAGACACACACAGUCUUUUAAGCAGAUCUCUUCAAGGUCCUCAUAAUUUAUUAUUAGUCACUUUUAAGGGGAGAUUGGUAAAGAGAAAAGAUAUUUCUGUUUUUUUGUGUUUCUCUUCAAGGUGUGAAAAACAAAAAUGGCCGACUCAGAAAGAGAGCCCCUUUUUUCAUACCAUUUUUGCCAAACUGUAUUUACUCCCUCUUUAUGGACUGUAACCGUUAAGACCAGGCAGACACUUGAUACAACUCACUAUGAGAAGCAAUGUCUGUUCACAUUUUUAAGCAAAUUUGAAAUGCAGUGGGGCACUUUUUGUCAUUUUUCAUUGGCGUUUUUGCUGGUUAAAAUAAUGUUCAUUCCUGCUUUGGUAAAGGACUUGUUUUUUUAAACCCCGAAAAAAAAAAAUCUCCAAUUCGUGGAGAUCAUUGCAUGUCACCAUGGCAAAAGCGUAAGUGCAUCACCCUAGAAAUGCAUCUUCUGGGGUUCCUCACCCUACACAUGAACUUUGGUGAAACUGCUUAGAUUGGUAGAAAUAAUUUCUUUUCUCAAAACUCUGUUCUUUGCUUUUACAUUCUGUCGCUCUCUUCUGUAUGUAAAUUGAAACUAAAAGGUGGAAGUUUUAAAAUCAUGUUGCUUCCAUGGGAACUUCACUGGCUUUGAUACAGCGUGUGCAUGUGAUGUGCUGAACGUGUAAACUUGCGGGACUUGUUCUUAGAACAGAGCAACAUUUCACAAAGUGAUGAUUUUUACAUCCCUCAGUCUGGGGCGUUUAGCUUUCUUCUUUAUAAAGGCUCUUAAAAGACUUUAAUCUCUAAUUCCAUUAAAAUCCCACUUCACACUGAUGUGGGGAUUUAUGAAUACAUUUUCAUCACCAUUUGAUUAUAUACAGCAUCUGGUCUCUGAGGUGGCACUAGCAAUAAAUGCAGCCUAACUAUAAUCACAAUCGGGGUCCAAAUAACACAUUUUCUUCUGUUAGAAGCUAAUGAUCACAAAUGAGGGGCGUAUAACAUCGCUUGUUGAAUUAAAAUGAGAUAUUUGCUUAAGCUUUUUUUGUGAACACUGCCGUUCCAGUGGCCUACGAAGGACUUUUAAAGUGUUGUUCUAUUUGAAAAUGUGAAGCUGUUGGAAUCAUUUAUCUUGUUCUUUUUGUAAUGGACACUCAUUUUGAAACUCACAAUGCCAAUGUCAUUACUGGUUAAAUGUUACUGCUUACCAUAACGCUCCACAACACUACAAAAUGUUGCAAUUUAUCUUUGACAGUGUUUCACUGGUAUGUAUGUAUAUGCAUUCUUAUCUGUACAGUUGAGCCUUGUCAGCGAGGGGAGUCAUAAACCCACAUUUCAUUUUAGAUAUUGUGACACUAUAAAUGAUUUAACGUUGAUAAAGGUCACUGUGUUCAGAAUGGACUGAUUUCACUUGUUGAUAGGUUUAUCUGGCUUGGAGUGUUUUUGCUUCUUAUCCCUUACUGCAAAAGAUCUUGAUGCUUCUCAUCAUUGUACCCGCGCCAAUAUGUUGCCCUGAACCUUUUUUUUGUUGUACUUUUAAGAUGCAUAUAUUUCCUUUUGUCAAAGGACCAGUGCUUUCUACAGCUGAUCCAGCAUUUUAUUUAUCCUACCUGAACUUUUUCCUUUCAGAUACUUGGUCAUUACUCUCCCUCGUUAAAAAAGAACUUAUUGAAAGAAGAAGAAAUAAAGCAGUUGUGAUUUCUUAAAUGUACUGUUGAUUCUGUAUUCUCACUUUGUCAUAUUAAAAUCAUGCAUCAAAUGGGAAAAUGA